UAGGUACGCCGAUAUCCGCGUUUUACGGAACCGAUAAAUGUGCUAAAAUUCUGUGCCACGCUUUUUGAAGUUCACAUUUGGAGAGAUUUUUUAAAUAUUAAACUAAUAUAUCUCAUGGUUAUUACUUAAUAUGGAAAUAUUUUGACUUGCAAAAUUCGUACCAGUUAUUCUGAGUGGCAAACAGGUACUGUUAUUGUAAGUGUCAAAGUGAGUGGUAAGGAUCAUUUAACUUUUUUUUAGUGAUAUACAUAUUUAAGACAAAUAAACUUGUAACCUAUUAUUUAAAUAUUAUUUUUUUUUGAUUUGUUUUACAUUUCUAAAUUUAUUAAGAAACUCAUCAGUUGUAACUAUUUAAUGCUUUAAUGGUAUAAUGGGUCGACACAUAUUUAAAGGAGAAUUCAAAAAACAUUUAAUUAGUAAUUUUACAUUGCCAUCUAACACAAAUAUUGGGUGCAUGAAUGGACACGUUCUGUUUCUUUAUACUAGCAAUGGUGAGUUGUUUAGCAAAACAGCUGCAAAAGUCAAUGAGCAUUUUAACUUGAAUAUUUGCUCCAGUCAUAUCAAAAAAGUAGUGUACAUAGCCAAAAACUGGUCUAAAAAUUUUUUAAGAAAAUAUGAAAGUUGUGUUGCAUUUUGUAAUGAGCCCUUUAUAAACCGUGAACCACUGAUUACAAUUUUAUCGCAGCCUAUCUUAAGUAACACUAAUUACACAAUAUCACAUUCUUCUGUUUUAUCAUUGUCAGAACACAGCAGUGUCACAUCUCUGAUACGUAAUGAACCUUCAUGUUCUGCUGGACAUGAAGCAAAUUUAACUACUAGACAGACUUCAAUAGAAAAAUUGAGCCCUAGGAAGAAAAAAUUAACUAACCGGUUGUCUCAUUUGUCUUCUAGAUUAGCAAUUUCUUCAAUAGAAAAUCGUAAGAAGAUAGCUUCAAUGAAAGCAAAAUUAUCCAGCCUGCCAUAUAAAUUAAAAGUUCUAAGGCAAAGUGUUAAAAAAAAAGAAGAUAUUAUAAAAGCCUUAAGAGCUCAGGUUAGAGACUUAAAACAUAAAAACCAAACAUAUUAUUACAGCAGGCAAAUUCGCAAUCUUAUUGCAUCAAAAAAAGCAAUAAAAAUUAAAGAGAGAGAAAAGUUUAGAAAGUUAGCUCUCAAACAUAAUGCUGCGAUUAGAAAAAAUAAUACGGAUAUUACUAGCUUAGAAGAUAGUUUGACCCAAAUGGACGAAGACAAGAUAAGUAUUACAAAUACAACUGAUUGUAAAAGCUAUCCAUUAAAAAUGAGAAUGAUAAUAUACUGCAUGUUAUUGUGUAAUGUCCCAACAAGUAACAUUCCAUUUCUAGUAAGCAAAAUUGGGCAAUAUUUCAGUGUUAUUUUUUCUCACAUUCCUUGUCGUAGCACUAUUGAGCAAAUGGCUCGUGAGCUUGGCAGUAUUGCUGAUCUGCAGGCAGCUGAAUGGAUCAUUAGUAAUACUCAUCUUACUCUUGGGUUUGACGCAACUACACAAGAAGGUGUUCAUAUCAACAGUAUUCACUUAACUUCAAAUGAUAAAUGCCAGGUAAUUGCUGUUGAUCAAUUACCAGGUGGGACAGCUGUGGAUUAUGCGAACCAUAUAUGUAACGAAGUGGAUCAUACAGCUUUAGUAUAUUCAAACUUUCACUUGAAACCCUUUGAAGAAUGUCGUCGUAUGGUCAUAUCAAAUAUUUCAAACACAAUGUCGGACAGAGUAUCUGUUAACCAUCUUACAAUAAGAAAAAUUGGUGAAACUUGGGGUAAAAGUCUCAAUGAAUUAAACUGUCAUUUGCACCCUCUUGACACAAUUGCCACAUCGUGUCGUUCAGCAUUAAAGUCUCUAGAGCUUGAUAGCUGCGAAUUAUAUGGAAAUGAUUGUAUAGCUGCAAAAAUUGUUUUGGCUAUGAAUAAGAUGAGGUUCAAAGAUGGUAAAGGUGACCCAAAGGGAUUUGUUAAUUUUUUAGACAAUAAUAAACUACCACGAGGUAUCAUUCCAAGGUAUCGUGGAAAUCGCCUUCACAUUCUGUUCCACACUUGUUUUAUUUUUAUAAAACAUUAUAACAAAUUUUUACAUUUUUUAACUAUAGGAACAGUAAAAAUAAAAACUUUACAAAGGGUUCUGCGAGUAGCAUUUUGUAAUACAACUGCUAUAAAGCAAAUGUGUCUACUUGCUUUAUUUGGAAAACUUCUUACAGGGCCGUGGAUGACAAUGUUUUAUGUGUCAUCUGAGAAAGCAUAUUUUGAUCAUGUUGGUGGUAUCCAGAUUGUUAAAAAUGUUGUGCAAACAAUUAAAGACUGCAAAUGCAAUCCAGCUGCAAUAUUUUGCAGAACAACAGAUUUUUUUGGAAAUGCUCUCAAAGCAAAUGUGUUAGAACCAUUAACAAAAAUAUGUAGAAUUGAUGACGAGCUCAUUGCCAUGAUCUUGGCUUGCCUCAAUGCAAUAGAAGUGGUUUUAAAUCGACAGUAUAAGCGCUAUUUUUCCAUUACCAUUACAGAAGCACUUGAAAAAGAAACAGCUAGUGCAAGGCUUCAUAACAUAGAUAGUGAAGAGUUAAUGGGAAUGUUCAGUGCUGCAAAAGGAAGAUCUCCUAAUGCAUCUAUUGAUUAUAUAUCUUGCAAAUUACGAACCAAAAAGAAUGGGACAAUGGAUUAUCUGGAUAAUCUUGAUGACUUUUCUAGAAAAAUGGUAGUUCAGUGGUCUAUUCAGGCAGCACGUAAAAAACGAAUAAAAACUCGACUACAACAUACUGAAAUUAGAGCUGAGAUUUCUAAAAGACAGACUAUAAAACGCCAAAAAAUUGAUGAAAAAGAAAAAAGAAAGUUAGAGCAACAAUUAACAUUAUUAACUAUUAGUGAAAUUCUGAAUUUGUUUAAAAACUUAUCUACCAAGCAAAUUGAUGAUUUAAAUGAUGUUAUGUGUGAAAGAAUUGUUGGGAGAAAUCUUUGCCAUGAAUGGUAUGAUUCCGAUACAGCAAUGACAGUCUUGUAUAAUGGCAGAGUAGAAAAACUUAAAAAAGCUCAGAAAGAUAUUAUAUACACUAUUUCUUAUUGGACUAGAGAAGAAAAUGAUACUGAAGUAAUAUACUUAAUAUAUAGUUUCAUUAAUGGAAUUUAAUAUCUUAAUCAUUAACUAAAAGCCAAGACGCAAACUAAUUAGAAUAAUAUUAUAAAACAUUUUUUGUUUUUGAAAUUCUUUUUUAGGUCAGAGGGGGAACCAUCUAUAACUAUCACAAAGCAUUGUGUGAUGUAUUUUGAGUUUUGGUAAAAGAUGUUUUUAAAUUAAAGUGUUUAUUUUCAUUGCAUUUAAAUAUUUUUUCGAAUCUCAUUAAAAAUAGCUUCUUUUUUUUAGGUUGUCAAAAAAAAAGGAAGAGGGGGGGCAACGACACGCCCCCUCGCCCAUCUACACCCUUGAAACAAAGGGUGCGCUGCUAGUGAUUUUGUAUAGUAGUAAAAUAAAAUUUUUGAUUUGAAUACUAGAUUUCUUUUUAAUUAUAAAGAUAAAUAUUUAUAUAGAGUCAUUUUUGAUAAUAGGGUGUAUUAAACUAUCACCCUUACAUCCACCCAAAGGCAAUGAUGAGUCUUCUAUAUUUGAUUGUGAUCUGAUAGCUAAUUACAAAAACAUCUUGCAUAUAAAAAUUUACAUUUUCA